AUGGAACCCCUCACACUACCUAAUCCGGAACGUUACUCCAAGUCAUUGGGGCUGGUCUUCAAAGGCUCUAACUCCAACGGGAAGAUCUGGGUUUUUGUGGAAGACGGGGCUGAUUUCGACGUUGAGGAUGAUUCGGAGCAGGUUCUUCACGGCCGGCUCUCAUCUCCUUGGCUAGCUACUCAAAUUGCCAUCUCGGCCGUCUAUGCUAAGUGUUCUAGGCCGGAGAGAUACGCUUUGUGGGAUAAAAUGAGGGAACUUGCUAGCACCUUGGAUGGUUGUCCGUGGAUGAUCGGGGGAGAUUUCAAUACCAUCCUAUCCCCGGGGGAUCGGGUUGGUACCGACACCAAUCGGCAAGCAGAGAUGGCUGACUUGGCGGAAACCAUCGAAGACUGUAGACUUCUGGACCCGGGGUUCGACGGUGCAGCCUUCACUUGGGCAAAGAACGGGUUGUUUGAGAGGCUUGACAGGAUUUUGGUGAGUGAGACGUGGACUAGUUCUUUUGAGGCCACUCGGGUGACAAAUUUGCCUCGGGUGUCUUCGGACCAUGGGCCGAUCCUCGCCCGGUGCAAACUUGCCAACACCACGACCACGGGGAGGGCUUUCCAAUUUCAAAAUAUGUGGACAAGACAUGAAGGUUUUUUGGGGCUGGUUCGGGAGGUGUGGGUGCAACCCACGGGGGCUGGUGGCCUUCUUAGUCUCCAAAUUAAACUUGCAAGAGUUAAAAGGGCCCUCAAGGAGUGGAAUAGAGAGGUCUUUGGGAACAUCCAUGCAAACGUUAAGAAUAUGGAGGUGGAAAUUGCGGCGGCUCAAGCUAACUAUGAAGCGGAUCCCUCGGCCGCCAAUAGGGCUAUAAUCAACAAAUCUAUUGCCACCUGCAUACUUCUUCUCAAGAUGGAGGAAGAUUUCUGGAGACAAAAAGCAACUAUGAGAUGGCUUGCGGAGGGGGAUAAAAAUACGAAAUUCUGUCAAAGUUGGGUGAAGCAGAAGAGAGUCCGCCUUCGCAUCCAUAAAAUCUAG